AUGAGAGAGUGCAUUUCGAUCCACAUUGGUCAAGCUGGUAUUCAGGUUGGAAAUGCCUGCUGGGAACUCUACUGCCUCGAGCACGGCAUCCAGCCUGAUGGCCAGAUGCCAAGUGACAAGACUGUUGGCGGAGGAGAUGAUGCCUUUAACACCUUUUUCAGUGAAACUGGUGCUGGAAAGCAUGUUCCUCGUGCUGUCUUUGUAGAUCUUGAGCCCACCGUCAUUGAUGAAGUCAGGACUGGAACCUACCGCCAACUAUUCCACCCUGAACAACUCAUCAGCGGCAAGGAAGAUGCUGCCAACAACUUUGCCCGUGGUCACUAUACCAUUGGCAAGGAAAUUGUUGAUCUGUGCUUGGACCGUAUCAGAAAGCUUGCUGACAACUGCACUGGUCUACAAGGCUUCCUUGUAUUCAAUGCUGUUGGUGGGGGUACUGGAUCUGGUCUUGGAUCCCUUCUUUUGGAGCGUUUGUCUGUUGACUAUGGAAAGAAAUCCAAGUUGGGUUUCACUGUCUAUCCAUCCCCUCAGGUAUCCACAUCUGUUGUGGAGCCCUACAACAGUGUCCUUUCAACUCACUCCCUCUUGGAACACACUGAUGUGGCUGUGCUUCUUGACAAUGAAGCCAUCUAUGAUAUCUGCAAGCGCUCUCUUGACAUUGAGCGGCCCACCUACACCAACCUCAACAGACUUAUCUCUCAGGUCAUUUCCUCCCUGACUGCCUCUCUGAGGUUCGAUGGUGCUUUGAAUGUGGAUGUUACAGAAUUCCAGACCAACUUGGUCCCCUACCCAAGAAUCCACUUCAUGCUUUCCUCCUAUGCUCCAGUCAUCUCUGCUGAGAAAGCCUACCAUGAACAACUCUCUGUUGCUGAAAUCACCAACAGUGCUUUUGAGCCCUCAUCUAUGAUGGCUAAGUGUGAUCCUCGCCAUGGCAAGUACAUGGCCUGUUGCCUGAUGUACCGUGGUGAUGUCGUGCCCAAGGAUGUUAAUGCUGCUGUUGCCACCAUCAAGACCAAGCGUACCAUUCAGUUUGUUGACUGGUGCCCCACUGGAUUCAAGUGUGGUAUCAACUACCAGCCACCCACUGUGGUUCCAGGUGGUGAUCUUGCCAAGGUGCAGAGAGCUGUUUGCAUGAUCUCCAACUCCACCAGUGUCGCUGAGGUGUUCUCUCGCAUUGACCAUAAAUUUGACCUCAUGUAUGCCAAGCGUGCUUUUGUGCACUGGUAUGUUGGUGAGGGUAUGGAGGAAGGUGAGUUCUCUGAGGCCCGUGAGGAUCUUGCUGCACUUGAGAAGGACUAUGAAGAGGUUGGUGCUGAAUCAGGUGAGGGUGAGGACGAUGAUGGUGAGGAGUACAUGUGA